ACUACAUCUCCCAGCGGGCCCCGCGCCGCGCACGCGCAGUGCCAGAGCCGCCGGCCGGGAAGCGGCAGCGCCGGGAGCCGCCGGGAGCCACGAUCCCCCAGAAGAAGAUGGUGUAAAGCCAGCCAGCGCAGCUGCUGUGUGCCCAGACCCGAGGAAGGACCAUGGCAGCGGCUCAGGGAGCAGGAAGCAGCGUGGCCGGGCCGUCCGGAACCCCCGCCUCCGUCCCGGGGCACGGCAGCACCCCGGCAGUGGCGGUGUGGGAAUGGCAGGACGAAUUCGGCCGGUGGAGGCCGUACCGAGGCAACGUGUGCAGCUACAUCGAGCAGGUUUUCCAGGCCUCUCAGCAGAAGGGCCGGCGUUCGGGGUCGGGCCUCGUCAGCAGCAUCCCGUUGGGACACGCGGAUGCCGUCUUGGCCCCCUACGUCAUCGACAUCCCGAGCCUGACGCAGUUCCGACAGGACACAGGGACGAUGCGGGCGGUCCGCAGGCACCUCUUCCCCGGGAGCUCGGCGGCCGGGCAGGGCAUCGUCUGGGAGUGGCAGAACGACGAAGGCGGCUGGUCCCCCUACGAGAUGAGCGUCUGCGAGGUCCUGGAGCAGGCCCGUGCCACCAACCACCAGCGGGUCGAUCUCGCGCCCUUCGGCUACAACUACGACGUCGACCUGGUGGCCCAGGUCCAGACCAACAAGACCACGAGGUUCCGCCGCAGCGUGCAGCGGCGCUUGGACUCCCCGUACCCGGUGACGUCCGCCUCGGCCCCCGGCCACGCGGGGGUUUCCGGCAGGACGACGUCCGCGAGUUCUUCCGGCGUGGGCUUUGUGCCCUACAACAAACCGACUUUGUCGGCGGCGAGGUCGACGCCGAGACUCAACGCACAGAGCACCUGGGCUUUGCCUCAAGCUGGGGGCCCCAGCACAGGACUGUCUGCACCGAACGGAGUCAGCGCCCCCAGCCUGCCGGUCAAGAUGUCCAAACCCAGCAAAGUGAACCAGGCUUUGGCAGGCAUGACGGCUAUUCUGAUGUCAGCCGCUGGACUCCCCGUGCACCUCACCUGUGUGCCGCAAGCUGCCAGCACCCAUAAAGCCACUAAAAAACACAGCUCAGUUAAGGAGGGGAGGAAAGUGUCCAAGAAAGGUGGAGCCGUGGCCUCGCUCGUGCACAUGCUUCCCUUUGCAGGCUGGUGGAAGAGCCUGGCUGCUGCCGUGAUGGGCCUGGGGCCGGCGACGCUGACUGAGCCAGAAGCGGUGGUGAGGAAGUACCUGGAGGAGCUGAAGGGCACUCCUGCUGAUGAGGACUGCAUCAUCUGCAUGGAGAAGCUGGCCUCCCCCUCAGGCUACGGCGACGCGUGCGAAAGCAGCACAAUCAAGCCGGAGAUGGUCGGACGCCUGACGAGCUGCCAGCACUCCUUCCACAUGCUCUGCGUGCUGGCCAUGUACUCUAACGGGAACAAGGACGGCAGCCUGCAGUGCCCCUCCUGUAAGACCAUCUACGGAGAGAAAACCGGUACUCAGCCCAAAGGGAAGAUGGAGGUCUCCACUUUCCCCCAGUCCCUCCCUGGCCACAAGGACUGUGGGACAAUCCAGAUCGUGUACCACAUCAGCAGAGGCAUUCAGGGCCCCGAGCACCCCAACCCUGGGAUGCCUUACACAGCAAGAGGCUUUCCUCGCUAUUGUUACCUACCGGACAACGAGAAAGGCAGAAAGGUCCUGGAGCUCCUGAAGGUGGCCUGGAAGCGACGCCUGAUUUUCACAGUGGGCACCUCCAGCACCACUGGUGAGAGCAAUACAGUGGUGUGGAAUGAGAUCCACCACAAGACGGAGAUGGACACAAACCUGAGCGGCCACGGCUACCCUGACCCCAACUACCUGGACAAUGUGCUGGCAGAGCUGGCCGCCCAGGGCGUCACUGAGGACUGCCUGAGAAAAUGAGCUGGGGUUGGGGGGCGGCUGUGCUGUGCACAUCUCCGGGCCCCCAGCCUGGGAGCCCACCCAGUGCACUUAUUCCUGUUGCCUUAAGUUCCUACGUCUGACUGCCUGUCACACUAAGCAAUAACACUGUAACGCAGGA